AUGAGAUUUAUUGCUGUUUGCUUAUUUGCCUUAGUUGCCUUAAGCUCUGUAUAUGCUGAUGAUAUCGAAAAGAUGAAAUGUUUGGGUCAAGUUCCUAAACCUUGUGGUGAUGGUUCAGAUUCUGCCUGUUUAACCGCUUACAACACUGAUGGCAACUGUGUUAAUAGAGAUUGUGCUGCUAAACUCAUCGACUUGAACGACUACGCUACUUGCAUCAAGAAAUGCAAAUCUAAUAACGAUAAAGUUUAAAAAUGGAUUGAUGCUAAUGUUAGUUGUGUUGGAAGUGGUUUAUUAAGCUUUGCUGCUUUAAUGAUUGCUUUUGUUGCUUUCAUGUUCUGA